AUGGAGCGCACCGCAAACUUGGUGGUGUAUAGCAACGGUGAGAUAAUACAUAAUACUGAUGAGAGAGUGAGAUUUGUGUCCCAGAAUCUGUUUUCAUUUGUGGUUCCAUGCACGAUGACGUUAAUGGAGCUGCAGAACGGCCUCUGUAAAAGUAUGGAGAACAGUACGUUAAUGAGAGUGAGCAGAAUUCUGUACCAGAAUCCGAUUGUAGUUUUUGGUAGUCUAAUACAGUUUGAUGUCAUGCCGAUCACUGAUGAAGCGAGUAUGCAGAACAUGUUUCAAAUUCACCGGCAGACUCAGAUGCGACACCCACAGAUUGAGGUGUACGUUGAGUUUGAAACUGUAGAGGCAGUGGCGGUUCAGAAUGAUAUAGAUAUACAUGAUGAUAGAGGUGCAGUGUACGAAGGAAUGAAUAGUGACAGCGAAGAGGACUUCGAAGCCACUUAUGAGGCCGGCGACGAAGAUGAAGAUGGUGAUGUGGGAGUUGAGGCAGCAGCAGAGAAUGUAGUGGUUCGUCCAUCGAACAGUCAACUGAUGGACGUUCCACCUUUUAUGCGUGAGUUGAAUCUCGAGGCCAUGCAUGCCCCCGAGUUUUCAGAAUAUACAAACAUAGGCAUUGCCGAUGCUGAGGACGGGGAGUUCCGGAUUGGAAUGGAAUACAGUUCUAGAAAGUCAGUCGUCGCAGCAAUUAGAAGUUUUGCUAUUGCUAAAGGAGUUGACUAUGAGGUGUAUGAGUCUGAGCCACAGACAUUCUAUGCAAAAUGCAAGAUGUACGGGCGUGGAUGUGACUGGCUUAUCCGAGCUAGCUUGGUACGGAAAAAAGGUUGUUGGGAGAUACGAAGAUACAACGGUAGGCACACGUGCACGAUUGGAACGAUUUCACAAGAUCAUUCCAAGUUGGACUCAGAUACAGUUGCUAAUGCUAUAAGGCCAUUGGUCGAGACGGACCCGUCCAUCAAGGUGAAAUCUAUAAUUGCGGAAGUCCAGUCAAGGUUCAACUAUACCAUCAGUUACCGAAAGGCUUGGUUGGCAAAGAAGAAGUCCAUAGCCAACGUUUUCGGUGGUUGGGAGGAUUCUUACCAAGCCUUGCCAUGGUGGCUCUCGGUCAUGGUGCAGAAGAUGCCUGGUUCAGUUGUCCAAAUAGAAACACGACCACUGUACAACGGGAAUGAGGAGGCGCAAGGUGUAAAAAUACUUCAUCGUGUAUUUUGGAGUUUCAAUCCAUGCAUUAGGGCAUUCAGGCAUUGCAAGCCCCUGGUUCAGGUUGACGGCACACACCUAUACAAAAAAUACAAAGGUACACUUCUAGUCGAUGUUGCACAAGAUAGGAACCAGAACAUUGUGCCUAUCGCCUUUGCCUUGGUGGAAGGGGAGACAGCUGAUGUGUGGCACUUCUUUCUCAGGAAUCUGCGAAUGUAUGUUGUUAGAAAAGAAGGCGUGGGUAUGAUCUCAGACUGA